GUUACUAUUCUUGAUUACCUUUAUUCUGACAUGUAACGUGAACCGGAAGCAGUUUGGUUCUCCGUUAAUUCAACGCUGGUACAAAGCGAACUUGCUAAUUCAUACAAAAUCACGAUUCUCUUUUUAUUUAGCUUUUAUCGAAUAUGACAAGUGCUCAAUGAGGUCUCACGUCAGCGAUGGCUGUAGUGUCGUGGAAGGAGAUCUUUCUUCUCACUGGACUGGUGGUGGGAUGCUACUGGAACAGCUUGUUCUGUGGUUUCGUGUUCGAUGAUGUCUCGGCCAUCUUGGACAACAAAGACCUUCGUCCCACAACGCCUCUGAAGAACCUCUUCCUCAAUGACUUCUGGGGCACACCCAUGUCAGAGGAGAGGAGCCAUAAGUCCUACCGACCGCUUACUGUUCUCACCUUCCGCCUCAAUUACCUGUUCAGUGAGCUAAGCUCCUCAUCCUACCACCUUCUGAAUGUGGGUCUUCACGUCGUGGUGUGUGUCUUCUUCCUUCACUUCUGUCGCUUGCUCCUGGACCGAAACACCAGCCUCAUAGCAGCUCUUUUGUUUGCCGUUCACCCCAUCCACACAGAGGCUGUGACAGGUGUCGUCGGCAGGGCCGAGUUGCUGUCCUCCAUCUUCUUGUUGGCAGCUUUCCUGGCAUACACCAAAUCAAAAGGCGCCGACCACUCCAUCGUGUGGACUCCCAUCAUCGUAACGGUGUUCCUGGUUGCAGUUGCCACGCUAUGCAAAGAGCAAGGCAUUACUGUGAUUGGGAUAUGCUGUAUUUACGAAGUGUUCGUCGCCCAAGGGUUCACGCUUCCCAUGCUAAUAGACACCAUACUUCAGGUGUUAAGAGGAAAAGGUGGUUUCCCCUACGCUGUCCUCCAGACUCUUCUGAAGCUCAUUGUCCUGAUCAUCAGUACACUUCUGGUGGUCAUCAUCAGGGUGCAAGUCAUUCAGUCUCAGCUGCCAGUGUUUACAAGGUUUGAUAAUCCAGCCGCCGUCAGCUCCACCCCGACCCGGCAGAUGACCUUUAACUACCUCCUACCAGUAAACACCUGGUUGCUGCUUAACCCCUCUGAACUGUGUUGUGAUUGGACAAUGGGCACUAUUCCCCUGGUCGAGUCCCUGCUGGACCCCCGAAACCUGGCGACGCUGGUAUUUUACGUCUCGUUGAGCCUUCUGGCCUAUCAUAGCCUUUGGCACGGCCAUAGUUCUGCUAAGAUUGUCAUAAUGGCACUCUCUCUCAUCGCUCUUCCAUUCAUCCCUGCAUCCAACCUGUUUUUCCCUGUGGGCUUUGUUGUGGCUGAAAGGGUCCUUUACGUUCCAAGCAUGGGGUUUUGUGUUUUGGUGGCACAUGGAUUUAAAAUCUUGUCUCGAAAAGGGGCUCUAAAGAAAAUGUCUUGGUUGCUCGUGGGAGUUCUUCUGACAACGCACGCCGUGAAGACUUUUAACAGAAACUGGGACUGGGAGUCAGAAUACACGCUUUUUACAUCUGCACUUAAAGUCAACAGAAACAAUGCCAAAUUGUGGAAUAACGUGGGACACGCUUUGGAGAAUCAAAACAAUUACGAGAGAGCUUUGAAAUACUUUCUUCAGGCCACAAGAGUACAACCAGAUGACAUUGGGGCCCACAUGAACGUCGGAAGAACCUACAAGAACCUAAACAUGUCCAAGGAAGCAGAAGAGGCAUAUCUUACUGCGAAAUCGCUGAUGCCACAGAUCAUUCCGGGGAAGAAGUAUGCAACCCGCGUGGCUCCCAACCACUUGAACGUCUACAUCAACCUGGCCAACCUGAUUCGGGCAAAUGAUUCCCGUCUGGAGGAAGCUGACCAACUGUAUAGGCAAGCGAUCAGCAUGAGACCUGACUUCAAGCAAGCCUACAUCAGCAGAGGGGAGCUUCUGUUGAAAAUGAACAAGCCCAGCGAGGCGAAGGACGCCUACCUGCGAGCGUUGGAGCUGGACCACAACAACGCAGACCUCUGGUACAACCUGGCCAUAGUCAAUAUAGAGAUGAAGGAUCCCUCGGAAGCUCUGAGAAACUUUAACCGUGCACUGGAACUGAACCCACGUCACAAGCUGGCUCUCUUCAACUCUGCACUUCUCAUGCAAGAGUCAGGUGAAGCAAAAUUUCGCCCGGAAGCUAACCGUCGCUUCCUCUCCUAUGUGGAGGAGGAGCCGGAUGAUGCUAACGGGUACUUUAACCUGGGCAUGCUAGGGAUGGAUGCUAACGAGAACGAAGAGGCCGAGCGCUGGAUGCGAGAGGCCAUCCGUCUGCAGCCGGGUUUUCGCAGUGCUUUGUUUAACCUGGCGUUGCUCUAUUCCCAGUCUCAACGUGAACUGGACGCUCUCCCGGUGCUGGAUGAGCUUCUGCGAUUUCACCCCGAACAUGUCAAAGGCCUGAUUCUCAAAGGCGACAUCCUCAUGAACCACCGCAAGGACACACGAGGCGCCAAGGCAUGUUUCGAACGCAUACUGAACAUGGACCCCAGCAACGUGCAGGCCAAGCACAACCUGUGUGUGGUUUACUUCGAAGAACGGAACCUCCCGCUCGCCGAGCGCUGUCUGGUGGAGACGCUAACCAUGGCUCCGCACGAAGAGUACGUCCUACGACACCUUGCCAUCGUACGAAACAAAAUGGCCGCCAUGAGUGCGGCAGGGCAACCCAUCGCACCAGUAGGGGGCGGCGCUGAGUCUGAUGAGCAGCAGCGUCGAGACAAAAAGCAUGUGGAGGAAGACGAGGAAGGGCGAGGUGUUGCUUCUGGAGCAGGGGAGGGGACCAGCACAGAGAAGAAUAUGAGGAAAUCCUCCCCGACAGAAGACAUCAACGGCCAGGGCCACGGCCAAUCAAAGAAUCUGGAUGCGGGCCAGCCUGACAAGCAGACUAAGACCAAAUCCACAAAAGAGAUUAAAGAUAUAGAAAAGAAAAGAGCCGCUGCCUUGAAGAGACUAGAGGAGAUUGAGCGCAUAUUAAGCACUGAUUAACCUUGUUUAUCGACCGCCAGGCUAUUUUUAUAUAACUAUUUGAAGAGCCGGAACGAGACCUCUCUGUUUUCAGAUCGAGCCCUUGUUUAUGCAUGUUUCGUUGCGCUUUGGUUCAUUUGUUUCGUGUUUCCUUCAUCGCAGGGGUUAUCAUAGUUUUAUGUGGCUUUAAUUAUGUAAAGCUGUGGAUCUAAACUUAUGAACCAGGUGUGCGCUGACACCACGCGAUCUUAACUUUGUUUUUGUUAAACUCCUAUCACAAAAAAUUACGGAUGCACAACAUCGGCAACUUAAAGGGAUAGUUCACAUAAAAAAGGAAAAUUCGUUCAUUGUUUAUUAACCCUCAUGUCAUUUAAACUUUUAUGACUUUCUUUCUUCAGCACAACAGAAAAUAAUAUUUUUUUAUAUUUUUAUUGUGUUUUUCCUAGCAUGGCACACUGAAAAUAUAUAGUGACUGUGCACUUGUCAUUUUUUCCACAAAAUAAGAUAUUUCGAGGAACCGGACAACACUGGUCCCUUGUACUGACACAAAGCCACAGAGACAUUUCUCGAAAUAUUUUCUUUUGUGUUCCACAGAAGAAAGAGUCAUGUGAAGAAUAAACAGAUAUAUUGUACAUUUUUAGGUGAACUGUCCCUUUAAUGUAAUCAAGUUGUUCAUUUAUGAUUGUCUAUGUAUUGAAUCACUGGAUUAGUUUAAGUCACAUUGAAAUGUUACCACUGACAAAUGAUCAAAUACAUUUGACCCAUAAUCACAGAAGAUGAGAAACCAGCCCAUUAUAAAGCAGGGUGGCUGGGUUGUCCCUCUCCUCUGCAAAUUUCCUUCCGCAUGACAUCACCACACUUCCUUGUAUUUUCCACUGCCGUUUGUUCAAGUGUCAUGAUUGCUCAUAUUUUCUUCAGUCUCGACACGGCCAGGUGUCAGUGUUUAAUUGUAUCCUCUGACAUAAUCUCAAAGCCAAAAUUGACUCACCUCGCUCCCAUCAACCCGCUUCUGUUUUUUACCGCUGCGUUUUAUGAUUAUUUACAACUAUAUGCAGUCACUUGCGUUGGGGCUCUCGUCCGAUUUGCUGAUUUCACAGCCAGGUCAUGCAGAAACAGACUUUUCUUUUUAUUUGGGCUUCUUUUCCUUCAAGGCGGUAUUAUUGGUUUUCACUGUUCCUUGUUCUUUUCACAGAGAUCAAAGGGAACUUUAUAAUCAAGCGUUAAAACAUUAUUUGAAACAGUAAUUGAAUAAGAAGAACAUCGCUGUGCUCAACAGUUUUAAGGGUUCUUUUAGCAUUAGUAUUCGGUCGGAGAGAAUCGACGGACGAAAUCUCAUUUAUUGACAUGUGUUGCUUUGCAUAUUGUAAUACACUGCAGACGUAAUGUGAAGAGCUGCACACGCAGACUUGUUGGGUGGAUUCUUUCCUGCUGUGUUCAAACGCCCAUGUACUAUAGCAGGAAUGCAUGAGACACACUGGCAAACAUUGUUGCUAUUUUACCGUUUACUUUUGAAGGUUGAUCCCUAAAAAUACCAACCCCAUGACCUCUCUGAAGAUCUUCACAGGGUACCUGAGAGCGCGCCGGUGUGUCUAAAAGUCCUCGAGCUUUUGCAUUUCCAUACAUUUUCCAACGGGAGUUAUUAACACUAAUGCAUACUUUGCGCUGGCUUUCUCUGGCUUUUGUUGCAUUAAACCACUACAGAUAAUAAAGCCACUUGAAGUAACAUUAACCAUUGCAUUUAAUUUUACAGAGUGUCACGUUGUUCACAGUAUUACAAGCUGUUUCUUAAGAGCCAUUGAGCUGUGUUUUCAUAAUACUUGUGUAGGAAACCUGAAUAGGUACAGAUUGCCGUCACCUGUAUGAUGUUUUGUUUUUGGCAGCAUCUGCGCAUCUGCCUCUUUUGACUAUAUUGUUGGAGUAUUAUUAUCUGAAGACUUACACUGUUGUAUCAUUCAGUAUAUUCAUGUUUGGUAUUCUCUCCUUUUUAAAGAUUGUUUCGUUACCACCCAACUCACUUAAAGAUGGUUUUUAGUGUCAGUAUUUCAAAUCCCCCCUCUGCUGGAAACGUCAUGUUUAUGUUUUAUAACCUAAAAGUUCCAGCACACGACUCCCCGACCGCUCAUUUGUUAAAGUUGAUGUGGUUUUACUUCUUUAAUUUACAGUGUUCACGUCUUCUUUAUUUGAAUGAAUGUCUCUUGUACCGAGCGGUGACGGGCCUAGGGUUUUUCAAUAAAGCUGGAUUCCAACA